GCUCGCGACCCCGAGUUCGUGUGUCAUAAAGAAGCAUUAUUUAUCAAGUUGCAACGUUCUUCUAUAUCUUGUCUGUGCUAAUAUACAAUUUUAAUCUUACCUAUUAUAGCCCUAUUAAGUAUUCUUAUAACAAUAUCAAGGCGUAUUACAAAUUUACGUAGUAUCAUAAUUACAAUAUUUUGUGAAUUAAUAAUGAUUUAUAUACGUGAUUUAUAAUCUAAAAUUACAUUAAAUUAUCAUAAAAGCAUAUUGGUGAUUCAUGUUUAAUAUGAAAUGAAAAGUUAAAUCUAUUUAAAAUUAUUGUACAAAUAAUAUAAAAGUGAACAGUUUUAAGUAAAUCAACAACAUGACACCAAUGUUUUAUCAAUACGCACAAGCCUCCCAGCGAUCAAAACAAAUACAUGCACCACCAAUUCGUCCUGAUAUUAGUACGGCUGGAUUUAUACAAGUGAAAUUACAAAAUGAUGAGCCUAUUUUUAUAAAAAAACAAGUUAAUUUCUUAUCACCUGACAACAUUUUACAUCUUGUUGUUAAUAAUAAUAUCAUUGUUAUUGCUAUGGCUAAUAACAUUCUUCUGCGUAUUGAUAUAAGACAUCCAGAUAAACCAGAAGAGAUUGACAUAUCUAAAUAUGUAGUAAACAUGAAAAUAUCAGGAAUGUUUCUUGAUCCUUUGGGUGAUCAUCUAUUAAUUACUUUGGUUGCAACAUCACAAAACAACAACCCAUCAGAGUUAUUUUAUUUACAUAGAAAAACAACAAAAUUAAAACAGGCAGGGAAAUUCAAAGGGCAUGAAAUUACUGCUGUUGGGUGGAACUUUUCAAAUACCUCUGAAACUACUACAGGCCCAAUUCUCUUAGGAACUUCAAAAGGUCUUAUUUUUGAGACAGAAAUUGGUUUAGACGGGGAUAAAAUAUUUAAUACAUGUUUGGAACAAUAUUGGCGUCAGGUGUUUGAUAUAGGAGAAAAUAGUAAACCACCAAUUACUGGUUUAGAAUUCCACAGAGUACCAAAUACAGAUAAAUAUAUAAUUAUUGUUACUACUCUUAUACGUAUUUAUCAAUAUAUUGGAUCAGUACAAAAUGCAGAUGAAAAACCAUUAUUACAACAAGUUUUCAAUAAGUAUUUGAAUAUGGAAGAAAGUUUUACCGAUGUAAUAAAUUCUUUGCCUUAUUCUAAAAUGCAAUUUUAUUAUCCUGCACCUGGUGCAUUACCAAAGUCAUUUGGUUGGCUAACUGAAACUGGUAUACUGUAUGCACAGGUGGAUCCAAAAGCAGAUCCAAAAAAUGUAUUAAUAAAUCGACAAAUGUUAAACUCUCCAGAAGCAAGUCUUAUGGGAAACAACAUGUCAAGAGUAACAACUGCCCCACUGUCUUUUAUUUUAACAGAAUUUCAUGCAUUGUUACUUUACCCAGAUCAUGUAAAAGGCAUAUUUCUUUUAAAUCAAGAAUUGAUAUUUGAAGAUAUCUAUAAUGAUGCUUAUGGAAGUUUGCUUAACAUUACUACAGACCAUGUAACUCGUUCUGUAUGGGCUUAUAGUGAACGGGCAGUAUUUAAAUACAAAAUUAAUAAAGAAGACAGAAAUGUGUGGCAGGUUUACAUUGAUAAAGGCGAAUUUGAACUUGCUAAACAAUAUUGUAAAGAUAAUCCAGCACAUAUAGAUCAAGUACUUGUAAAGCAAGCAGAAAUGCUUUUUAAAAAUGGAGAAUAUGAAAAGAGUGCUUUCAUUUAUGCAGAUAUUCAUUCAUCAUUUGAAGAAAUUUCUUCAAAAUUUCUUCAGGAAUCGCAAAUAGAGGCUUUAAAAACAUUCCUUAAGAAGAAACUUGAAGGAUUGAAACCACAAGAUGAAGCCCAAAGAACUAUGAUUGUUGUAUGGAUAAUUGAAUUAUUUAUGAGUCAAAUGGGUACAAUAAGGAGUACUAAUACUUCAUAUUUAAAUGAUUCCCAAUACUUAGAACUGCAGAAACGAUUUGAAAAUUUUCUUGCAAUACCAAAAGUUGAGGAAUGUAUAAAAAAAAAUCGUAAUACUAUAUAUGAUUUAAUAGCACGUCAUGGCGAUAAAGAUAAUCUUAUACGUUUAACUAUAAUGCAUUGCAAUUAUGAAGAAGUGAUACGUCAGCAUUUAUAUAAAACCAAUUAUUUAGAAGCUCUUGAAGUAUUAAAAUGUCAAAAUAAUAAAGAUCUUUUUUAUCAGUUUUCUGGUAUUCUAUUGCAAGAAUUACCACGCCCUACAGUGACUGCCUUGAAAUCACAAGGUUCUUUACUAAAGCCAUCAAAACUUCUUCCAGCUUUAGUAUCUUGUAACAGUGACGAAAAACAUGCAAAGGAAAUAAUCAGAUAUCUAGAGUUUUGUGUGUAUAAACAAAGCUGUCAGGAACAGGCAAUUCAUAAUUUUCUAUUGUCAUUAUAUGCUCGUUACAAACAAGACGAAGUAAUGCGUUACAUCAGUUCACAAGGACAAGAUAUAAAUAUGGUACAUUAUGAUGUGCACUAUGCAUUACGACUAUGUCAAGAAGUUGGCUUGACUGAAGCAUGUGUACAGUUAUCUGCUUUGCUUGGACUCUGGACAACAGCAGUUGAUUUAGCUUUGACAAGUAGUGUUGAUCUUGCUAAACAAAUAGCUGCUAUGCCUUCCGAUAAUGAUGAUGAAUUACGAAAAAAAUUAUGGUUAAAAAUAGCUGAACACGUUGUACGAGAAAAAGAUGAUAUACAACUAGCAAUGAAAUUUUUAGAAGAUUGCGAUAUAAUUAGAAUAGAAGAUAUACUACCAUUUUUCUCAGACUUUGUUACCAUAGAUCACUUUAAGGAUGCUAUUUGCAAUUCAUUACAGGAAUAUAAUCAACAUAUUCAAGAUCUCAAAGAAGAAAUGCAAGAAGCAACAAAGGCAGCUGAAAUUAUUAGAAAAGAUAUUCAAGAAUUUAGAACAAGAUGUACAUUUGUAUAUACAAAGGACACAUGCAAUAUGUGUGAUGUUCAAUUGUUAUUACGACCUUUUUAUGUAUUUCCAUGUGGACAUAGAUUUCAUAGAGAUUGUCUUGUAGCUGCAUUGAUACCUAUGUUGUCAAUGGAUCAGAGAACAAAGCUAACUGACCUUCAGAGACAACUUACUGCUCUUUCAAAUAAUCCAGAAGAUACUACUUCAGUUGGAUCAGUAUCUUUAUCUGCAAAAGAUCAAAUCAAGGCUGACAUUGAUGAAGUAGUAGCCUCUGAAUGUUUAUAUUGCGGAGAACUUAUGAUAGAGUCUAUAGAUAAACCAUUUAUUGAAGAGGAUGAUUAUGAGCGAGUAAUGAAGGAAUGGGCAUAAAUAGUAAGACGUGUCAUUUAUUUGUAAAAUAUU